ACAAACGCAAAGCCGAAACCCUCCCUUCCACAUCCCGAAAAAUUCAAUGGCCAAGUCCACAAGUUUAACACCUGGCUCCCCUCAAUUCAAGCCAAGCUACGAGUCAAUUGCGAGGCUAUUAGCGAUGCCACUGCUCAGUUUUACUAUAUCUACCUGAAUCUCGAAUCUUACGUUCAAGCCAUGAUGCAGGAAGCAGAGGACAAGCUAUACUCUCUUAAGCAAGGCACUAAUUCGCUUCAUGCUUUUAUAGCUAAGUUUGAGCGAAUUCUGUACGAGGCACGUAGACAAGACUAG